AUAACCUCAAAAUUAUGAAAUACGAAAUUUUAUAGAAUUCAAAAAUGUUUUUACGCAAAAGUGGAAAGUUAUAUUGCUUCCUUCCACUUAGUGGAUUAUUUGAUGCAGACAAAGUACAGAAUCUAACGAAGACAGAACAAACCUUAGAUAAAACAAAUCCUGAAGAAACGGGAUGGGAUAGACUAAAAAAAAUGUUUGAAGUAGAUGAAUUUGGUAAUGUUACAAAUGAAGCACAGUCAAUACUGCAUGUAGGUGCCUUAAGUGUAUUUUUAGGAGCAAUAUAUGGAGGUGUAAUCAAUAGUAGACAGGCCUAUAUGGAGUUUAUGAGAAGUAAUGAGGCAACUAGCUUCAAAAGUCAUCUGGAUGCAAAAAGAAAAUUGCAAGAUGCUGUUACUAUAAGUUUUGGAAAAGGGGCCUUCAAAUGGGGCUGGAGGUUGACUUUAUUCAGCACUAGUUUUGUGGCAAUUUCAACAAUGAUUCAAGUUUAUAAAGGCAGCUAUGGAAUCUCAGAAUAUACAAUUGCUGGUAUAACAACUGGAGCUUUAUAUAAGUUUAAUAUGGGUCCCAGAGGGUGGAUUGUGGGUGGAGCACUAGGUGGUGUAUUAGGUACUGUUUGUGGUGGAGUAACUUGUGGUAUACUGAAAAUGGCAGGAAUAUCAAUGGAAGAGGCAAGGUAUUGGCAACACAAUUGGAAACAAUCCAGAGUAGAUUAUUUUAAUAAAGGUGUUAAAGAAUAUAUGGCCAAGGAAGAUUUUGCAGUCAUAAAAUUACAUGAUGAUGCAGUAGGAGAGCAGGGAAAAGAUAUAAAUGUGUUAAAUGUAGUAGAAAAUAAGACAAACGAGACAAAUAUAAGCAGUAAAUAAAUUUAUUUAUAAUCA